GAUCCUGUCUACCAGGCCCGUGAGAAAUGGAUGGUGCGAAAGCUGGAUAUCACGCUCAUGCCUAUCAUCUUCAUUCUCUACAUGUUCAACUACCUCGACAGGAACAAUAUUGCACAAGCGAAACUCGACUCAUUCGAAGAAGAUCUUGGCCUUAAAGGGAGCGAUUACAGCACAGCAGUCGCUAUCGUCAACAUCGGGUACAUCUUGAUGCAGCUACCCAGUAACAUGAUCCUCACUAAAGUGCGACCUUCUCUCUACAUUCCACUCUGGGUAUGCGUUUGGUCGGUCGUCUCAGGUGCAACAGCUGGUACAAACAGUUUCUGUGGCCUCAUCGGUGUCCGCAUCGUCCUUGGUGUCUGUGAGGCACCUUUCUUCCCGGGUGUCUUCUAUCUCCUAUCCUGCUGGUACACAAAGAAGGAGCUGGCACUUCGUUAUGCAGUCCUAUACUCAGGUCUUGUACUAGCAACAGCCACAUCUGGGUUACUGGCGGCCGCCAUCUUUGCUGGUAUGGAUGGUACAGCAGGACUACCCGGAUGGCGAUGGUUGUUUAUCAUCGAGGGUGCAGUGAGUUUCGUACUUGGUGUGAUAGCCUUAGCCCUCCUACCAGAUCUCCCAGGCCAGAAUACCGGAAGUGCACGAUGGCUGUUUAGUGAAGAAGAGCAACGGCUGGCGGUUGAUCGGAUGGCGCGCGAUGCAGUGUCCAACCAGGAAGACAAUGCAUCUCUGAGACACGGCUUGAAGCUAGCUGUGAUGGAUAUCAAGAUGUGGAUUUUCGCAUUUAUCAUGUGCUGCAGCCAAAGUGCCUACGGAUUCAACUACUUCUAUCCGGCCAUCGUCGAGGGAUUUAAUCUUGGAAGUCGGACUAUCACCUUGGCCUGCACUGCACCGCCGUAUAUCAUUGGGGCCUUUAUUGCGUACGGCGUGGCCUGGUCGAGCGAUCGCUUCAAAGACCGCGGCUUCCACGUUCUCACACCAGUCCUUGUGGCAAUUGUAGGCUUCAUCAUCAGCGUCGCGACACUCAAUAUUCCCGUGCGGUACUUUGCUUCGUUCCUGUACAUCUCUGGGAUAUUUGGGGCCAAUGCCGUGGUAUUCAGCUGGGCAGCAACAACGGUGAGCGACACGGCGCAGAAGAAGGCUUGUGCAAUGGCGAUCAUCAACAUCACCGGCCAGCUGGGAAGUGUAUGGAGUCCGUUUUUCUUCCAUGAGAAUGAAGCGCCCCGCUAUCUCACGGCAAUGAUCUUGCUUCUGGUGUUUGCUGGUGUGGAGGCGGUGCUGUGUGUCUCGAUGAAGCUUCUGCUCAGGAGGGAGAACAAGAAGCUGCUUGCCUGGGGGAACGAAGCUGGCGUUGUUCCCAAUCUGUACACACUGUAGAUGGUAUAUUAUCUGUAUCGAAUGAGUAAAACUGAAU